CUUGCUUGCAGGAAAAAUGACAGCAAAAUUAGUGUACCAAUCUUACGAAAUGUCUUCUUCUUGGGUCUGCUGGGAGCCGUGUUAGGGAGGACACUAUUUUACGCAGGACUAGAACACACUUCACCAGCGUUUGCAUCUGCCUUGGCCAACUUAAUUCCAUCAAUUACCGUUAUCUUGGCAGUUUUGUGCAGGAUGGAGAAAUUACAGAUUUCAAAGCGUAGUUCUCAAGCCAAGAUAUUGGGAACUAUUGUAGCAUUUGCUGGCGCAACACUGAUGAUCCUGUACAAGGGUAUCGCCUUGAUUUCUCUACAUAAUCACCACUCACAUCAAUCUGCCAAUUCGUCAAAAGUAUUCUUAGACAAAGAUUCAAUAAAAGGUUCCCUCAUGCUUGGCGUUUCAUACAUUUCAUUGUCAGCGUUCUUCAUCUUACAGACCAUUACAAUUAAGAUGUAUCCAGCGCCAAUCACACUUACAUCUUUAACAUGCUUAUCGGGUACAAUACUCUCCACAAUCAUGACCGCAAUUUUGGAUCAUAAAGCUUCGUCAUGGAAGUUAUCAUGGAACAUCACCCUACUAGCUCCAAUUUAUAGUGGAGUUGUGAUAUUUGGAAUCACAGUAUAUCUUCAAACAUUGGCAAUAAGACAAAAAGGGCCAGUUUUCAUGACAGCAUUUAGACCAUUGGCCACAGUAAUUGUAGCCAUUACAGGUCUAUUCCUUUUAGGCGAUGCUUUAUAUUUUGGAGGCGUUAUUGGAGCUAUGAUGAUAAUUCUUGGUUUGUACGCAACUCUAUGGGGUAAGCAAAGAGAGAAGGCAGAGAAGCUGUCGGAGCAAACCAUGUCUGUGGAAGGUACUGAAAUCAAACAAGAAAAGUAAUAGAGGUAAAUAAAUAUAUAUAGAUUGUAAUUUCAUAUAAGUGAAGAAUGAAGUAAUGUAAUUUAUAUGUCUGAAUCAAUUUGUCCAAUGGCAAUAAUCACAGAAACCUCUGCCAAAAUGGAUGCAUAUAUAUUAGAGUUAUAACUAUGUAAUUUAAAUCUAUUAUCUACUACAUGAUAAGGAAAUCACGUGACUGAUGCAAAGACAUAAAUAGGCUAUAUGAAUUGUUAGAAUAUAGGUCUACUUGCUCGA